UAAGAAUGGAUUUAAUGAGACGAAAGAUACUCGAAAACGAUGAGGACGAAGAGGAGAGUCCGCACCAAAAUGAUUACCAGAAUAUGAAUUAUGUCGGAAUGUUUGAAUAUAAACAACAAAACGAGUCACUUAUUCUUAGAAUUUUAAUUAAUGAUUUGGAGCCGAGUGUUGCCCUCAAAUUCCAGCCCCACAUUCCCGCAUACAUUCUUUUUAUGUGCAUUCGUUAUACCGAUUACAAUAACGAUGACGUUAUGGUCCGAAGUUUUAUGAAUAAUACGAUUCUGACGAUUAAGCGCACAAUUAAGCGAAACACAAAUGUCGAGACUUUUAUUCUAUGGCUUUCAAAUACAUGC